UCAGCAGCGCCUUGGAAAGAAAAACGAGACACAAAAUCUAGAUGUAGCUGCAGAACGUAGGUAGCUACAAUUAUUAAAUAACUUUUAAAAAAUAUUUUUAAUCCACUGGCUUCUCGCAAUGAACCACUUCAGAUGCGUGGUGAUAUGGGCGGUUGCAUUACCUGUUUGCAUGGCAUCGAUUCAUGGAAUAUACAAUUUCGGCCAGUCAGAAACAUUUUACAAGAAGAGAAACUGCAAACCCAUUCCUGAGACCCUUCUACUAUGUCACGAUAUAGAAUAUACGGAGAUGAGACUUCCAAACCUUCUUGGGCACGAGACGAUGAAUGAGGUUCUACAGCAAGCAUCAUCGUGGAUUCCUCUGGUCCAGAAACAGUGUCAUCCGGACACGAGGAAGUUCUUAUGCUCACUCUUUGCUCCGGUGUGUUUGGACGAUUUGGACGAACCUAUUCAGCCGUGCCGGUCCCUCUGCGAGAGCGUGAAAGAAGGCUGCGCUCCCGUGAUGUCCGCUUUUGGCUUCCCAUGGCCGGAUAUGUUGCAAUGUGACCGCUUUCCACCAGAUAAUGAUCUGUGUAUACCUCCCGUCGGCAUUGAUAAUUUGGUGCCCGCCACCAAGGAAGUUCCAAAGGUGUGUGAUCCUUGCAAAGAAAAGGAAGAAAACGAGAACGAAAUUGUUGACAGCCUUUGUAAGAAUGAUUUUGCACUCAAGAUCAAAGUGAAGGAAAUCGCGUACAUGAAUGGAGACACCAAAAUCGUACCUGAAACAAAAAGCAAGACCAUCUACAAACUGAACGGGGUAACUGAGCGGGAUCUUAGAAAGACUGUUCUGUGGCUGAAAAAUGGCCUGCAGUGCACAUGCGACGAGAUCAAUGACAUUAACGCCGCCUAUCUAGUGAUGGGACAGAAGGUAGACGGGAACCUGGUCAUCACCUCCCUAAAGCGGUGGCAGCGCGGCCAGCGCGAGUUCAAGAGAAUCUCCCGCAGCAUCCGAAAACUUCAGUGCUGAUCAUGCCCCGUUCACACUGCACUGUCAAGGGCGUUCAGCACCUUUAGAGCUGUCGGUGGGUUUCGCGACACAGUUUCGCCACGGACCACUAACCGUUUACGCGUAAAUAAUGCAUACUGACAAUGAACUCCGCAUUUAACAACCUAUAAGACUUACCUUUGCCGAUGGAGUGGCAUGCUAUUUUCAAUAAUAGAGCAUUAUUUUGAGCUAAAAAAUCUGAAUAAAAAACGUGAGAAUUAGCUGGCUAUAUUCUCAACAUAUGCAUCUUUUAAUUUAGCUUUCGUAUGCUUGGGAAUCUGUUCAAAGCAUGUUUUUAAUAAUACCUAAAAUGUUUUUAAAUCCUGGCCUACAUUGACUGAAUCUAGCUAUUAUGUAACACGGAUGUGAAUGCAUGUGCUUUUUACAUCGACAUUUCUGUGUUGAUAAUAUUUUGCGCUUCUUUUUGUUUUUCAGCACAUGUACUGCACUGUUUUUUAAAAUCUUAUUUUACUUUUAUUCUGUUUUUAAAAACGCGUUUUUUAUAACAUAGGGCUUCAAGUUAGUUUGAAUAGCACUGGUGUAUUCCGGUGAUGAAAAUGUGUUUGGAGUCGUAGUCGUUAAAUAGCCUACUUGUGCAUUGUCCUUAUAAAUGAGAAACAUUCAUAGACAAUACACUAGGUACAUGUAGAUUUAACCACUGAGUGCCGCUAUGUUUUCUUCCCGGCUGAUUGUGCAUUUUAAAAAUGGCUCUUUACCAAAAAUUUUAUCUUGAAUGUUGUAAAAUACCACUUAAGAGUUAAGUAGCAUUUGCAUAUAUAAACAUUGUAUAAAGAUGUAUGUACAUAGAGGGAUACUGAUUAUUGUAACGCAUUAAAGUGUAAAAAGUUCAGUUUAUUUUUGAAUGAACAACCUGUUUGGUUCCUAUGUUUCUUACACACGCUUUUCCAUCCUGCACUCAAACAGUGUUGUAACUGUUAUUUCUAUGUGCAAUUAGCCUGACGUGGCCUUCUGCGAUACUAACCAAGAGAUUUCGACUUAUUACGCAUAUAUGUAAUUUGCUUAAACAUUAAACUACACAAAAUAGA